AUUUUGUAUUUGUUAGAUUGAAUAAAGAAACACGGUAUCUUAUCUAUACUUAUAUACUUAUCUGCAGCUCUGUUGGAACAGAUUGUCAUUGUCAUAUUUUCUGACACAAUACCGAAUAAUCGAUAACUUUCGCCGCAGUAAUAAUUUUGUUAUUAAAUUUGUUGGAUUAUUUAUUCAUAAAGCUGUAUAAACCAAUCAAUCGGUUUUUAAAUACAUUUGCUUUCUUGGUUUUCAUAACUGGCGUGAAAUACUUAUUACUUUAAAAUUAGCCGUUAUGAAUAAAGAAGUUCACUACGAAGGUUGGUUGAUAAAGUCGCCACCUUCUAAGAGGAUAUGGAGAUCGCGUUGGCGUCGUCGUUGGUUUACACUAAAGCAAGGAGAAAUACCUGAACAAUUUUGCCUUGAAUACUACACUGAUCGUAACUGUCGAAAACUUAAGGGCAUAAUUGAUUUAGAUCAAUGUGAGCAGGUUGAUUGUGGUCUUCGGUUGGAAAACAGGAAACAAAAAUUUCAAUACAUGUUUGAUAUUAAAACACCGAAACGGACCUAUUAUUUAGCUGCUGAUUCUGCAGAAGACAUGCGCGAUUGGGUUAAUUGUAUUUGCCAAGUAUGCCACUUGCACGACACUAAUCAUUCAUUGGAAGAUAACGUUAAAUCGCGUGCGUCAAACAAUAAAAAUGAAAAUUCUGUAGAAGCGCCGAAUAAUACAUUACCACGAAAAGAUAAUCAAAAUAGAGAAAUAAGUGAAGAGAAACUAGGUAUUUUAAUGCCGUCACCGAUAUAUUACAAUAACGUUUCUAAAAAUAGAAAGUCGACUUAUGCCAACUCGGAACAAAAUAAUCUAAGUUCGGUUUCAAAUACUGCUCGAGAAACCACAAAUACAAUCAAUCUAACUACUGCAGUUUCGAACAAUGAAAGUAAUAUUUAUCUUAAUACAUCUAUAACAUCUCAUCAAAAUCAUGAAACGAAUGGUGCAACGCGAAAAGUUCCAGAAAAUUUAAAACUGCAGAACUCACCUUUAUUAGAAACAUUGACACUUAGUGUACAAUCAUCUCCUUCAUUAAGCACCUGCUCUGGUCCAUAUAUUCCAAUUAGCGAAUGUUUCUCUGGCACACCAAAAUAUGUGAGUAAUUAUUAUAAAUAAUUAAUAUAAUAUUAAACAAGUAAGGGCUAGUGCGCGUAUAACCAAACAUUUUAUACUAUCGCAUUUUGCAAGGAUCAAAUCUGGAGAAAUAUUUUCAGCUGUUGGCAAAAUUAUUUAUUAACAAGAAAAAA